CGGAACCACCCCAGCCUUCGGGGACUUGUCUGCCGGGCUCCUGGCGGGUGCAGGCAAACAGAUGCCUCGAUGUGCCUGUCCUACACAACUUUACUGCCGAUGGCUUGUGGUUAGGGUGCAGGCCACAGGCCAGUGAUCAUUCCCGGUGCUUGACACCUCCCAAGGGCACAAUCAAUCGUCUUCAUUCCCUCAGAAGGCAGAACUUCGACCAUUCCCACCCCCCAUUCCCCCCCCCUCCAUCUCCUAUCCUCACCCCCUACUGACUACAGAAUGGAAAAUCUAACAGAGCUUCAGAACCCUCUGCUGGAGAAGAACCAACACGUUGGAGGUGACUUUGGUUUCAGGGAGGAUUAUAAUGAGGAGCGGCAUUACAAGGAAAAACUGCUGAGCUACUUUGUGAGCAAUAAUUCAGCCAAGAACAAACCCAAGGCCAAUUUCACCCGGCAGCUCCUGGACGCCAGUUCCCUUCACCUGGCCGUGGAGGCGUUUUACCGGCCCAAUUUUAUCUUGUACAAGGACGAGGCAAAAGAAAGUGGGAAGGAUUGCAGGAGUGACAGCUGUGAGACAACGUUCACUGAGAGGAAGAACUUGACUAUUGACUGUCCCAACCAUUCAGAGUCUAAACUUGUGGAGUACACGGAGAACGAUGUGACAAUCCAGACAGUCUCCUAUGAGGUGGAGGAAGAAGAGUUUCAUGACUGUGAGAGUGACUGCUCGAGUGACAGUGACAGUGAGGACAACUUCAUAACCAUCCCUCCGCGGGACCAUCUGGGCCUGGCCAUCUUCUCCAUGUUGUGUUGCUUCUGGCCCCUCGGCAUCGCGGCUUUCUACUUCUCUCAAGGGACAAGCAAGGCCAUUGCAAAAGGAGAUUACCAGCGGGCAACCUCAGCAUCGCGAAGGGCCCUCUUCCUGGCAGCCCUCUCUAUCACUAUCGGAACAGGCGUAUAUGUCGGAGUCAUUGUAGCUCUCAUCGCUUACUUGUCAAAGCCGGGGCAUGUAUAGUGUCGAACUGCAGCCUGCUCGGUGUGAGGAUCCUCUAAGGACAGUUCUUCGUCUGUUCAAUUAUCCAGUUUUAUUGCCCUGUUAAUUGAGUAAAUUGUGUGUAUUAUCCAUUGUUUUGGCCAUUUUAGAGCUAGGGGAGGAGGACCGUCUGGCAAGAAGCUUUCUGUUGCUUGAUUCACACCUCCACACCGGGAACUUUGGGUAUCAGGGGUAGGCAGCAAGUCCACCAUUGUCACUGAACUGGGCAGCCGGGGAAGUCCCACAACAGGGCUUUGCUCUGGGAGAGAGGUUGGGGGACAAGGAAAAUGUCUUCUCCCCUUGUUAAUCCACCACCAAGGGGCAGUGGUGCUGGCAUGUAUUGUCCUUGCUGUCCAUUGUCCCGGAGGCCUGAAGGAACUUGGGGAGAAGCAGAAGAUGACUGUGUGAAAGAGUUGUGGAGGGUUGUAAUGCGGGCUGGGGAAACAACUCUGUAACAAAUAUAAUUAAACUGGUCUAGGGCAAGAGUGAAUAAGCCAACGAUAUGCAAAUAGCCUUUUCUCUGUUGCUAAGCAAGCCUUGCCCUGGGUCACUCUCUCUCAGCAAGCCAAUUACGCCAUAAUUAGCUGCUCAAUGUUAAUGUAGCUGUGCCAUGAAGGCUACCUCGUCUGAUCAUGCCUGGUCCAUUUUAAACGCUGUGUGAAAUAAAAGGGCCUAA